AUGGCGCCUAAUGCAGUGGACAGCAAUGCGGAAAGCUAUAAAGGGACCAGGUCGCCAUGGACUCCAAAGGAUCUUCAGGCAGCACUCGACUGGUUCAGCACAUCGAUCAUGUCGCGCUCAAGCUAUCUUCAAGCUUCAACGCUGCUCUCUUCUUUCCUGUCGCUUACAGCUGGCCAGACACCUAUCAGCUCGUCUGACGGCGGUUGGAGCACGACCCUGGCUGGCACCCCUACCUCAUUCCGCCCUGUCUUUACUCUUCCUCCCUCAGUAGACCAAGGCGUUGAGCAGAUCCCCAACAUCUACGAUCCCCAAGCUGUCGACGCACAGGAUGUCUGCCCAGGCUACAAGGCGUCCGGUCUCGAACAGAACGACCGUGGCCUGAGCGCCACCUUGACGCUGGCUGGAGCACCUUGCAAUGCUUACGGUACCGAUAUCGAGGAGCUAGACCUGAAGGUCGAAUAUCAGGCCAAGGGGCGACUGGCCGUUAGCAUUAUUCCUAAACAUCUUGAUGCUAGCAACCAGUCCCAAUGGAUUGUUCCCGAAGAUCUUAUCCCAAGGCCGCAAUCCGAGGAUUCAUCGGAGGGCACAGACCUCAAAUUUGAUUGGGGCAACGAGCCAUCUUUCUGGUUCAAUGUCGGCCGUCGCUCUACUGGAGAUGUCAUCUUCACUACUCAGGGCUCGCACCUCAUUUAUGAGAACCAGUUUGUUGAGUUUGUGAACAGCCUGCCUGAAGACUACAACCUUUACGGUCUCGGAGAACGCAUUCACGGCCUUCGCCUGAACAACAACUUCACCGCAACCAUUUACGCUGCUGAUGUUGGUGACCCAAUCGACCGCAACCUUUACGGUAGCCACCCGUUCUACCUCGAAACCCGCUACUUCGAAAAGGGCGGCAAUGGUAGCAGGACCCCUCUUAAACAGUCCGAGAUGCAGCAGAGCAACUUUGGCUACGACAGCAAGCCAACUGGAUCGAAGUACGAGUCUCUCUCUCAUGGUGUAUACUACCGUAACACUCACGGCAUGGAUGUUGUCAUGAAGCCUGACCAUCUCUCGUGGAGAACAUUGGGAGGUGCGAUCGACCUAUUCUUCUACGACGGACCUUCUCAGCCUGAGGUGACCAAGGAGUACCAGAAGUCGGCGAUUGGUCUGCCUGCGAUGCAACAGUACUGGACCUUCGGUUUCCACCAGUGCCGAUGGGAAACCAUCUGGCUCGACAUCGAUUACAUGGACCAAUACCGAGACUUCACUCUUGAUCCCGUGACUUUCUCCCCCUCCGGUGUCAAGGACUUCUUUGGCUGGCUGCACGGAAACAACCAGCACUUUGUACCCAUUGUGGAUGCAGCAAUCUACAUCCCGAACCCGCAGAACGCGAGUGACGCAUACGACACUUACACUCGCGGAAACGAGUCUGGUGUCUUCCUGAAGAACCCCGAUGGCAGCCAAUACAUUGGCGCUGUAUGGCCUGGGUACACUGUCUUCCCCGACUGGCUAUCUUCCAACGGUGUAGCCUGGUGGGUUAAGGAGAUGGUUGAGUGGUACAAGGAAGUGCCGUUCAGCGGCUUCUGGGUUGACAUGACUGAAGUCUCUUCAUUCUGUGUCGGCUCCUGCGGAACUGGCAACGUUACCCUGAACCCUGUUCACCCACCUUUCUCUCUUCCUGGUGAGGUAGGCAACAUUGUCUACGACUUCCCCGAAGGCUUCAACAUCACCAACGCAACCGAGGCCGCUUCAGCCUCAGCCGGUGCCUCGAGCCAGGCCGCACUAUCAGCAGAGCCCACGGCAGAGGUUUCUACGACUGCCAGCUACUACCGAUCAGAGCCUACGCCCGGUUCGCGCAACGUCAACUACCCUCCAUACGUCAUCAACCAUGUCCAGGGAGGAGCUGAUCUUGCUGUUCACGCUGUCAGCCCUAACGCGACACACGAGAACGGUGUUGAAGAGUACGAUGUCCACAACCUCUUUGGUCAUCAAAUCAUCAAUGCCACCUACCAGGGUCUUCUCGAGGUCUUCCCUGGCAAGCGACCCUUCAUUAUCGGACGCUCCACAUUCGCUGGUAGCGGCAAGUGGGCUGGUCACUGGGGUGGUGACAAUGCGUCCAAGUGGGCUUACAUGUUCUUCUCCAUUCCUCAGGCUCUAUCCUUCUCGCUCUUCGGUAUUCCCAUGUUUGGUGUCGACACAUGUGGGUUCAACGGAAAUUCCGACAUGGAGCUUUGCGCCCGCUGGAUGCAACUCUCUGCUUUCUUCCCAUUCUACCGCAACCACAACGUGCUCUCUGCCAUUCCACAGGAGCCCUACGUCUGGGAUGCCGUAGCCUCUGCAUCUAGGACCGCCAUGCACAUUCGAUACUCUCUGCUGCCCUACAUGUACACUCUCUUCAACGACGCCCACACCACUGGUUCUACCGUGAUGCGUGCGCUCGCAUGGGAGUUCCCCAACGAGCCACAGCUCGCAGGCGUCGACACACAGUUCAUGUUGGGACCCAACAUCCUCAUCACUCCCGUUCUUGAGCCUCAGGUUGACACCGUCAAUGGUGUUUUCCCUGGUAUCGUUGACGGCGAGAGCUGGUUCGACUGGUACUCUGGCGAGCGUGUCCAGGCUGAAGCUGGUGUCAACACUACCAUCUCGGCUCCUCUGGGCCACAUCCCCGUAUACGUUCGCGGUGGCGCAGUACUGCCGACCCAAGAGCCUGGCUACACCACUACUGAGUCCCGGAAGAACCCUUGGGGUCUCAUCGUUGCUCUGUCAACUGAUGGUACCGCUUCUGGUAACCUGUACAUUGACGAUGGCGAGUCUCUUGAGCCGGAGUCGAGCCUGGAUAUUACGUUCGCUGCUAUGAAUGGACAACUCAAGGCUGAAGUUCAGGGCGAAUUCAAGGACACCAACGCGCUUGCCAACGUCACUAUCAUGGGAGCUUCAUCUUGUGGACAGGUCAAGCUGAACGGCGAGACGAUCGAUGCAAGCAACGUAGAGUACAACUCUACCAGCAGCGUCCUGAAGCUCACAGGUCUGAAUGAUUUGACCAGUGGAGGAGCUUGGCAAGGUAGCUGGACCCUGAGCUGGGAGUAA